CUUUCUUAUUGUACAGCUAGCCCAAUAAACCCAGAGGAUACGGUCAUGUUUAUCUUCACCCCGACGCCCAGGCCUCUCCUUCAUUUUCCCCUUCCAUUGCAUUUCUUCACCAGGUCAUUGACAUGGCUACUCUGUUGCUUGAAUCGGUCAUUGAUGACAUUUUGGGGGCUGUUCCCUCCUGAGAACAGCCGCUCUGUCACCGAGUCGCUUGCCAACCACUCCUUCAACAUUUCGGAUGGCGCGGUGCAACCGUUGCUGGGAAGCAAGUCAACUCGAAUCUCCAUCUCAUGAUUGAGGACGACUCACCCUUUCCCAGUAGCGUUGCUAGCGUUUCCCGAAACUUGAGACAUGAUGGAGCUGAUGAUGCUUAUCCGACUUUCCUCAAUG